AUGGAGAAGAAGCUCGGUGAUUUGACCUUACAAGAGAGCUCAAAGAUCGGUUGGGAAGCACUGGACGUUGAUAUUCAACACCUUAGCGAAGACUCCGACUCUGAGUCUGAAGAGGAGGAAGAAGAAGAGGAAGAAGAAGAGGUGAAACAAACAUAUCGAGAAAAGAUCAAUUUCUCCAAGAAAAAUCAACCGCAAGUGCCAUCAUCAAAUCAUGAACAUAAAAAUAUAACUGAGUCUGAAAAUGGUCAAAUUCUUGCGAAAUAUCAAGAUAAAAUCAAGAUUGAUUCACAAGUCAAAUCAGCAAGAAUUGAAAAAGAUAAAAGUGAUCGUGCCACAGUAGAAAACGCCAUUGACCCAAAAACUUUCAACCAAUUGCAAAAAUUUAUUAGGAAUGGGACCUUAACCAAAAUUGAUGGGUGUUUGAGUACCGGGAAAGAAGCUAACAUUUAUUACGGGAUCAAUGAACUCACUGGUAAAGAAUUUGCUAUCAAGGUUUAUAAAACCUCGGUUUUGGUCUUCAAGGAUAGAGAAAGAUAUAUCAGCGGAGAGUUCAGAUUCAAAGGUUUCAAAAACAACAACAAAAUUAAUGCUCGGAAGUUGAUCAAGGUAUGGUCUGAAAAAGAAUUUAGAAAUCUAAAAAGAUUGAAACUUAACGGGUUUAAUGUCCCCGAGCCAUAUGAAUUAAAGUCAAAUAUUUUAAUGAUGGAAUUCUUGUCAAGAAAUCCAGUUGAUGAAGAAGAAUCUCUGGCUGCUGCUGCUGAUGCUGAAAAAGCUAGUCUGGCUGUUAAUGACGAGGCGGCCGCUGCGGAGAGCGUCGAAGAUGCAAUUGCUCCAUUGACCAUCAAAUCAUCGGAAAAUGAACGAGGUUGGCCAGCUCCAAGAUUAAAAGAUUAUGAGUUCAAGUCUGAUCAACAAAUUUUUGAUAUUUAUCAACAGAUAUUGGUUAAUAUGCGAUUGAUGUAUCAGAAGUGCCGAUUGGUUCAUGCGGACUUAUCAGAAUAUAAUUUGAUCAUGUACAAAGAUGGAGAGAUUUAUAUCAUUGACGUUUCGCAAUCUGUCGAGCCAAACCAUCCAAUGGCGUUAGAUUUCUUAAGAAUGGAUAUCAAAAAUAUUAAUGAUUAUUUCCAAAAGAAGAAGAAAAUUGAUGUGUUUCUAGAGAAAGAAAUCUUUAAGUUUGUCAUUGAAGAUUUCGAUGUUCUUGUGAAAGAUUUCGGGGACUCAGAAGGACCAAAAGAAGUUGAAAAAGACAAUUCCAGCGAUUACAAAAAAGAGAAUCAAUACAAUGCAGAAGGUUUAAUGAAACUCGUGGGAAACUUGAAGUUGAAGCUUGAUGAAGAGGAUGAAAAGCAAGAUGAGAUUUUUAGAAAUUUGCAUUUAAUGAGGGACUUGAAUUCUUUAGAAGAACAAGAUUUUAAAAGAUUUAGAGAAGGUAAAAUUGAUGUUUUCAAAACUAUGGUUGUUGAUCAUCGCGCCAAUAAACAAAAAAUUGCUGAAUCUAAAGAGGCCGAUGAGGAGGAAGUUGAAGAUGAGGAGGAAGAAGAUGAAGAAGAUAAUGAUGAAGAUGAUGAAGAUGAAGAAGAUGACGAGGAAGACGAAUUCGAAGAAACCGAGAAGACCUUGAAAGGAAAGAAGCAUGAAGAUAAAGAUGAGAAAAAGUUGCGCAAGAAAUUGGUUAAGGAGCAAAAACAAGAAAAGAGAAAGACAAAAAUGAAAAAAAGUGUCAAAAAUAAGCUUAUAAAAAAAUCAAAAAAGAAAUGA